CGCCGCGCCCACCGAAAAUCUCGCAAUGGAUGCAAAGAAUGCAAGCGCCGCCACGUAAAAUGCGACGAAACACGCCCGACCUGCGUCAACUGCGCAACGGCUGAGCGUCACUGUUCCUACCUCGACUCCCUUCCAGCUUCGGCUCGCUCCUCCGCUCGGGCAGCUCCGGCAGCAACGGCAACAGCGCCUCCGCAGCCGCUGUUGCGGCUGCCUUUGCAACCUCGCCUUCCAUCACUACGGUCGUCAACGAUUUUUCCCCCAAACGGCCAAUUCUUUACCCUUGAACACAUGCGCCUCCUCCACCAUUUGGAAACCAGGAUGGGCACCUUUAUGGCCGCAGACGGGUUUAUGAAGCCCUUGGUCGAUAUGAACCUCGAGGCAGCCUUAAACGCCCCUUACCUCAUGGACGUCCUCCUCGGCCUUUCUGCCCAGCACAUGGCCGAGCUGAACCCCCAACGCGCCGACUUUUACCACCAUGAGGCCACACAGCUCCAGACCCGCGCUCUCAUGUUGUUCAACGACGCCAAGGAAGAAAUCGACGACGACACCUGUAUUCCAAUGUUCCUCUUCGCAUCCUGCCUCGGAACUCAGGUCCUCUGCGAUACCCUCCGGAGCUACCGUACCGACUUCAACGGCUUUCUCGACCAAUUUGCCUGGUACCUCAACCUUCACCGCGGCGUUAGCGCCGUCACCGGCCGUUCCUGGCACAUCAUCCGCGAAUCCGGCUGCAAGCACUUUGUCGACUUUCUAGAAUCCAUCAAGCCCGACCCUAACCAACGCUCCGAAGUCGACAUCCUCCACAGUAUGCUCGACCAAACUGACCUCGGCCCCGUCUCCCUCCAAGCCUGCCGUGAUGCAACCGAGUCCCUGCGGCAGUCCUACUUCAUCUACCGCAGCAUUGCUAUAAAAUCCAACCAUCAAUCCGCCUCCGUCAUGGCCUUCGGCGUCCGCGUCACAACGGGCUUCAUCGACGUCGUUAAGCAGCGCCGCCCGGAGGCUCUCGUCAUUCUCGCCUUCUACGCUGUCCUUCUUCACUGGUGCCGCAGCUACUGGAUCUUUGGAGACGCUGGCCAGUGGAUCAUCCGCUCUGUCUCGGCGCAUUUAGGAGAUUACUGGUCAGAAUGGCUGGCUUUCCCU